GCAAUUGCUUACAUCUCACCACAGUAGCUAGAGAGCUUUCAACAGCUCCCUCACCUUCAUUCUACAACCCCUGCUGCCCGCUUGAGACUUGCGCGCGCAUUCGUCAUGGCCGACUCGCAACAGCCUACGCCUGUCGACGGCACGCCUGCUGCUGAUAUCGAGAUGAGAGAGGAGGGUGUGGCUGAGGCGGGCGCGGGAGAGGAGGAGACGGGCUUGACGGAGAUGGAGCCUGAAGUGCCCAAGUUGGUGCUGUUUGCUGAUUUGAUGAAGAGCCCGAUCGUCGAGGUUCUCGUUGGAAGUGGAGACGCAAAGACGACAUACUCUGCCCACGAAGCAGUCAUUCUCAAGUCGCCAGAGUUCGCCAAGCAGGUCGCGAGCUUUGCGCCGGGCGCCCGCCAGAUUACCUUCCCCGACUGCGACGUCGAUGCCAUGGGCUCCGUAAUCGAGUACUUGUACACAGGCGAAUACUUCCCAAAGAAGACGUCGUCCGCGCGCGACGCCCCCCUCGAGAAGGACCCGCGCCAACCCGUCCCGGACGACGACGGCGCUGCCCUGCUCGUCCACGCCCGCGUCUAUACGCUCGCCGAGCGCCUCGGCCUCCCCGAACUCAAGUCUCUCGCACACUCAAAGAUCCACCGCACAGCUUCCACUGCCAAAGGCGAGCUCGCCUACGCGCGAUUCGUAUACAAGGAGUCAAAUCCGGACGACCAGACCAUCCGCAAGCCCGUGGCCGCUUUUUGGGCCUCAAGAAGCUACAGCCUGCGCCACGAUGCGGAGCCAGAGUUCAAGGCCAUGUGUCUCGAGUUCCCCCAGUUCUCGUACGAUGUGCUCCAGUUGGUGCUUGACCAGCAGGAGAAGAGCCGGGGUAAGGGUGGCGAUGACGGGCCUGGGCGCGGUGGGCCCAGUGUGGUGCCCGGGAGCAGCAGGAAGAGGGCUAGAGUGAGUCAGAUCUAGAUGCAAUUGGCAUGUUGCAUUCUUUGGCUUGAGCCGCGUGUCGAGGUGCCUGUUGACGAGACAGCUGGUGAGGUUUAAGAAAGAGCUUCACUCGCCGAAAAUCCCUGGUUCUAUUGCGCGG